CAGUACUCGGCCGUCAGCGGGAGCUGCCAGGCUCUGGAGGGCGCCCCGGAAACCAUGGAAGUCCUCGUCCUGGCCGGAUACCGCGCGCAGAAGGAGGACGAGCUGAGUCUGGCGCCCGGGGAUGUGGUCCGGCAGGUGCGCUGGGUGCCCGCGCGGGGCUGGCUUCGCGGAGAACUUGGGGGCCGCUAUGGCCUCUUCCCCGAGCGCCUGGUGCAGGAGAUCCCAGAGACCCUGCGGGGCUUCGGAGAGGCGCGGAGGCCGCGCUAUGCGCGCCGCCGAGGUCAUCCUGCCAAACACCCGAGGCCCCAAAGAUGGUGCAAAGUGAACUUCAACUACAGCCCAGAGCAGGCGGACGAGCUGAAGCUGCAAGCUGGGGAGAUCGUGGAAAUGAUAAAGGAGAUUGAGGACGGCUGGUGGCUGGGAAAGAAGAAUGGGCAGCUGGGAGCCUUCCCAUCCAACUUUGUGGAAUUGCUGGACAGUGGGCCCCCAAGCCUUGGUAACCCAGACAUGCCUUUAGUCAGCCCUGGUCCCCAGCAGCCUCCCAAGCUGAGCAGCCUGGCCUGUGACAGCCCUCCAGACUACCUGCAGACAGUCUCCCACCCUGAGGCCUACAGGGUCCUGUUUGACUACCAGCCUGAGGCCCCAGACGAGUUGGCGCUGCGGAGGGGAGACGUGGUGAAAGUACUCAGCAAGACCACAGAGGAUAAGGGCUGGUGGGAAGGAGAGUGUCAAGGACGAAGAGGAGUUUUUCCAGACAACUUCGUACUCCCACCACCCCCAAUCAAGAAGCUGGUCCCACGGAAAGUGGUAUCUCGGGAAUCAGCUCCUAUUAAGGAACCAAAAAAGUUGAUGCCCAAAACAUCCCUCCCCACAGUCAAGAAGCUAGCGACAGCCACCACUGGGCCCAGCAAAGCCAAGACAUCUCGGACACCCAGCAGGGACAGUCAGAAGCUCACCUCCCAAGACUCAGGCCCCAGUGGUGGCUUCCAAAGUGGGGGUUCGUGUCACCCUGGCCGAAAGCGAUCCAAAACCCAGACUCCCCAGCAACGCUCUGUGUCCAGUCAGGAGGAAGAGCACAGCAGCCCAGCAAAGGCCCCCUCUGUGAAGAGAACCCCCAUGCUGGACAAGACUGCCAACCCAGAGAGGCCUCCACCUCCAGAGAACACCCCCAGCUCCAAGAAGAUCCCGGCUCCUGACAAAGUCCCCUCCCCACAGAAGACCCUCACUCUAGGGGACAAGUCCUCUGUCCCAGGGAACUCCACCUCGGGGAAGAUCCCAGCUCCUGACAAAGUCCCCACCCCAGAGAAGAUGGUGACUCCGGAGGACAAGGCCUCUAUCCCAGGGAACUCCACGAUCCCAGAGGAGACCCUGACUGUGGACAAACCCUCCACUCCCGAGAGGGUCUUUUCAGUGGAAGAGGCCCCUGCCCUAGAAGUCCCACCUAUGGAUAAAGUCCCUGAUCCAAAGAUAGCCCCUCUGGGGGAUGAGGCCCCCACCCUAGAAAAGGUCUUGACCCCAGAGCUUUCUGAAGAAGAGGUGUCCACCAGAGAUGACAUUCAAUUCCAUCACUUCUCUUCGGAGGAAGCCCUGCAGAAGGUCAAGUACUUUGUAGCCAAAGAGGAUCCAUCAUCCCAGGAGGAGGCCCACACGCCAGAGGCACCCCCACCCCAGCCUCCUUCCUCAGAGAGGUGCCUGGGAGAGAUGAAAUGUCCCCCAGUUAGAGGGGACAGCUCCCCACACCAGGCUGCGUUGAAGUGUGGGCCAGCGUCCAGGCCUGCCCUUGAGAAGCCCCACCCCCACGAAGAGGCUACAACCCUUCUAGAGGAGGCACCUUCCAAAGACGAGAGGACCCCUGAAGAGGAGGCGCCCCCCAACGAGGAGAGGCCUCUGAGAGAGGAGGUGCUCCCCAAAGAGGGAGUGGCUUCCAAAGAGGAGGUGACCCCGAAAGAGGAAUUACCCCCUAAAGAGGAAGUGGCUCCAAAAGAGGAGGUGCCCCCUAUAGAAAGAGCCUUUGUCCAAAAAACACGUCCUAUCAAGCCGCCUCCAGACUCCCAAGAGACGCUCACGCUCCCCUCCCUGGUCCCGCAAAACUACACGGAAAAGAAGAAUGAGGGAGUCGAUGUAACGUCGCUGAGGGGCGAAGUGGAGUCUCUAAGGAGGGCGCUGGAGCUGAUGGGGGUGCAGCUGGAGAGGAAGCUGACCGACAUCUGGGAGGAGCUGAAGAGCGAGAAGGAGCAGCGCCGGCGGUUGGAGGUCCAGGUGAUGCAGGGGACCCAGACCCCGCGCAUCAUCCACACGCAGACGCAGACCUACUGAGGGUGGGCCUGGGAAGGGACUGCGGCCCGACCUGGCUGGGGCCACCCACGUCCUUGCACACGACUUUGGGAAACGGGAGAAAGUAAACUCUGCCCAGCACGGCGCCACGCCGGUCUGGUCGCUGGGGGCGGGGCCUGCGCGGGGGCAGGGCCUGGGCCUCCGCAUUCCUGACGAUCCCUCCCAGGCACAUCUGGCCAACAUGUGGCUCCCAUUACCGUUCCCAAGGCCUGCGCGCGGCUAUUUUUAUCCACCGGAUGGUGAGGGGCGGGGGAGGGUGUCUCCUUCGGACUCCAGCCGCGCGCUGGAGAAAUGGCGGGCAGGAGGGGCCCAGGCGGGGUCGGGCUCUGACGCCCGGCCUAGAUUCCGGAAUCCAGCUGUGCGCCGGGGAGGAGCCGGGCGGGCCUUCUCGCGAGCUCGGACCCCUCCCAGCUGGCCUCCCUGUCCGCUCAGAGGGACUCCUGCCCUCUCGCUUGAAUGCACCUCGGCGCAGACGUGAAGUCCACCGCCCAGCCCAAGCACGCAUGCUUACACCGGGGCUAGUAGCACCUUAGCCUCGAGGUCGGGGUCCCGAGGCCUGGUGUGUGUAUCAUUGCAAUGUAUGAACCCAGGGCACUGUGGGGACAGGGCGACGUGUGCCCAGGCGUUUGCCGGUAAGGAAUGCGUUUUGAAUAAGGAAUGCGCGUGCACUUGCUCUGCGUGUGAGGCUGGGUGCAGGCCUGUGGGCUUCUGCCUUUCUGCUGGCUGUGAAGUGAAUGCGGGCAGGUGUGCUGUGUCGUCGGGUUGGUGGGUGGGGGUGGUGCAGCUAGGGUAAGGGAGUCAAGCUGGGCCUCAGCCCUGGGGCCCCUGCGUGGCAGGAGCCUGGGGGUAGCUGGGGGCAGGAGUAACAGAGGGAGAGACUGAGUUACUGAGAAUGCAGCUUUCUUUCAUUUGGUCACUUCACCUCUUCAUCGACCCCAGAGAGGGAGUGGGGACCCUGCAUCCUGCCCCCCUCCCCGCCCCCGGGGUCUUCUGGCAGGUCUGGGGAAGGGAGCCUCUCAGGGGGUGGCGGUCCACGCCCAGUAGCACCUGGGAGCUGUAGGGGCCGAGGCAGUCCGAAGGUCUGGGGCAGCUCUGAGCGCAUGUGCAGGUCCGGUACCCCGAGCGCCUUGCAGCGGGAGCCGGGGCCCAUCAGUAAUAGUGCAUGCGGCCCAGGGUGCCCGCGCCCGUGACCGUGGGGCUGGGCCCCAGCGUGCCUGUGCCCAGCAGGUCCGGCUGCCCGGUGCGCCAGAUCUCCCGCAGGAUCCGCUCGCGCUCCUCCAGCCGCUGCGCCCGCUCCAGCUCCUCCGCCGACGUGAAGACGUUGACGCUGAGGGGCCCGUCCGGCUCUGCAGACAGCUCGGGGCCCGGCAGCGUGUCGUCGGGGCCCAGCCGAGUCACCGUGUCCUCCUCGUCCUCGUCGUCGUCCUCGGGCUCCAGGGUGCUGCUGCGGGGGUCCCGGCGCUGAGCCGGGCCCCGGGGCCGCGGGCGGGGCGCCCACGAGAUGCUGAUGACGAGCAGGCAGAGGGUGAGCAGCAGGCCGAAGCAGACGCCCAGCACGAAGUAGAGGCCGAAGCUCUCGGGGCUGGAGUACAAAGGCGCCGAUCUCUGCUCACUGCAACCUCUACCUCCCGAUUCAAGCGAUUCUCCUGCCGCAGCCUCCCGAGUAGCUGGGAUUACAGGCAUGCACAACCACACCCUGCUAAUUUUGUAUUUUUAGUAGAGAUGGGGUUUCUCCAUGUUGGUCAGGCUGGUCUCGAACUUCCGACCUCAGGUGAUCUGCCCACCUUGGCCUCCAAAGUGCUGGGAUUACAGGUGUGAGCCACCGUGCCUGGCCAGGAGCUUGGUUUUUAAUGUAAGUGUGGUGGGGAGCUCCUGGAGCGUUGAGCAGGGGAGUGUCAUGGUCCCGUGACACAUUUUGGAAAGAUCCCUGUGGUGGCUCAGUGUAGGGUGGGCCACUGUGGGCAAGAAGGGGAGCAGGGAGGGUGGUGAGUAGGCUGGCAGCUGUCCAAGCCAGUGAGGGUGGGGCCGGUUGAGAGGCGAGAGGGCUCAGACUCAGAUGGUGUUCUGAAGGGGGUUCCUGCACUGGACUUGGACGUGAGGAGAGAGGAGUUUAGAACACUUUCAUAUGGGGCUGGGGCACCUGAGGAAAGCCCAUGUGGGGAAGCAGGUUUGGGGGGAGUCAGUUUCACUGUAGAUAGGUUAGACUUGAGAUGUCCAUUAGAUAUCCAGGUGCAGGUGUUGGCAAGGCAAGCAGAACCCCCAGGAAUCUGGCUAGAAAUGAUAUUUGAGAGUCCUUACCACAUAAGAUGGGAUUUACCACCCCAGAAGCGGAUAAGACCAAACAUCUGGGGUAACGGGGCAGAGAGAGAAGGGUCUGAAGCUCGAGCCCAUUGAGGGGUCUCCUGGAGGUGAAGUCAGCAAGGAGAACCAGGCCAGAACAGGGACAUGAUCAGCCAUGUGUGAUUGGGCUGGGAGGUGAAGAUGAGGCCAGAAUUUGCCCACUGCUUUGGCCGAGAUUUGAAGACCGUCAGUAAUAUUGAGUUUCUGUAGGUUGUAUUCCUAUUUCUUCAAGGGGUGUAUGUCACUGACUGUUUGCACAGGUAGCUUAUUUAUGUGCAGCAUUGCUGGGAGUGCGUGAGCAUGUUUAAUGCCUGCCAUCCAUGGGAAUAUCGGCGUGUGCUACAGUGUGCUUGUAUGACUACGUGUGUUGUGUGCCUCAGUGCCUCAGUUCAUGUGGCACAUACCUGUGUCUGUGAGAGUCCACAUGUGUGCUCCUCUAUGUGCGGUCUAAAAUUUUGGAUCUGUUUCUGUCCAGCUGUUUCCAUGCACCUCUGUGCUACGCAGCUCUCUGUAUCUCUGCCUGCAGGCAAAAGUAUGUCUGGGUUGGUAUGUGACAUAUGUGUUUGGAGUGGGUCAGGUAUGACUCAGCCCUAGUGGAGCAGAAUGAGGGUUGAGAUGGUUGCUGGUCGCUUCAGAGAGAGGGACGCACAUUAACCAGAGUGCUGUCUUCUCCAGGGGCUUGCCGUGGCCAAGCCAGGCCAGGUGGGAGAAGCAGCAGCCUUGUCCUGGAGGGUUUUGAGAAGCGCUGCUCCUGGAGGCCCUGGGGAAGGUCCCUGAAACCUUUGGCCAAUGUGGCUGUCCCCAUGGUCCACAUGUCCUCCCUACCCCCUGCCUAGCUGCUUGACUGCCUGCUGCUCCCCAGCCUACCAGCCUGUCCAUGGGUCAGCCCAGCCACCUGCUUCGGAUCUCUGCAGGUGUGUCACCUGCUAUUCUGGCCCUCAUCCCGACUAUCCACCUGCCCAUCUCCUCCCUACCUCCUCGCUGCCUAUCUGCCCAGGACUUAUCUGCUGUCUGCUCACCUGCCUACUUCUUGACUGCUUCUCUGUGCUCCUAUCUGCCUGUGAGACUAGAGAUUUGUCACCUUGGAAAGCACAGAGAGUACUCCUAAAAUGAAACAUGGGAAGGACAGGCCUUGAUGGAAGGUCGGGGGUGCUGAGAGAUCCAGAGCCUAUGGGAGGGGCCUUGGGAGUGCUGGCAUAUUCAGGACCCAGUGCAAACCCAAGCACAGCUCUGCUCCCAGCCCCAGUGGCCAAACUGAAGUCUGGCCCUGGCUGUUCUGCCGUUGACGUGGGCCUCACCCUACCACGGGGAUAGGUCUUGGAUGGAGAGAAGAGGGACACUCACCGGGGACCUGAGUCCUUUGAGUGUCACCACGACCCCAGCACCCGGGACGGCUGCUGGAAAGAGGGUACUGGCAAAAAUUUGCUAAAUGGGCCGGGCGCGGUGGCUCACGCUUGUAAUCCCAGCACUUUGGGAGGCCGAGGCGGGCGGAUCACGAGGUCAGGAGAUUGAGACCACGGUGAAACCCCGUCUCUACUAAAAAUACAAAAAAAAAAUUAGCCGGGCAUGGUGGCGGGCGCCUGUAGUCCCAGCUACUCGGAGAGGCUGAGGCAGGAGAAUGGCGUGAACCCGGGAGGCAGAGCUUGCAGUGAGCCGAGAUCGCCCCACUGCACUCCAGCCUGGGCGACAGAGCGAGACUCCGUCUCAAAAAAAAAAAAAAAAUUUUUGCUAAAUGGACAAUAAUAGGCCCAGUGUGGUGGCUCACGUCUGUAAUCCCAGCACUUUGGGAGGCCAAGGUGGGCAGAUCACUUAAGUCCAGGAGUUUGAGACCAGCCUGGGCAACAUGGCGAAACCCCAUUUCUACAGAAAGCCACAAAAAUUAGCUGGACACGGUGGCACACACCUAUAGUUCCUGCUACUCAGGAGGCUAAGGUGGGAGGAUCGCUUGAGCCCAGGAGAUCAAGGCUACGGUGAGCCGUGAUCGUGCCACUGCACUCCAGACUGGGUGACAGAGGAAGACCCUGUCUCAAAACAACAGCAACAACAACAAAACAAUAAUAGGGACAUUGAGUACCCUUUCUGGCACCUGGCGCUCUGCCAAAUGCUGUGCACACUCCAGCCCUUCAGUCUUCCCAGUAAUCCUGUGCAGUUUGUAGCAUGGCUCACAUUUGCCAAGAAGGAAGUGAGGCUCCGCGAGGUUAAGUCGUGCCUGUGGAGUCACAUGGCUGCAAGUAGUGGCCUGGACUGCACUGCAGAGCCCAUGCUCCCCACCGCUUUCCACGGGGCAACUCUAGGCCGUGAUUCUCCACCCCUCAGACCCAAAGCUGCCUUUUCAUAAUGCUUGCUGUUGCUCCCUUUAUGCUCCUGAGAUAAAAUUUACGGCUAAUAUGCCAGCCUUUACAUCUAAUUAAAAAUCAUCCAGGCCGGGCACGGUGGCUCACGCCUGUAAUCCCAGCACUUUGGGAGGCCGAGGCGGGCGGAUCAUGAGGUCAGGAGAUCGAGACCAUCCUGGCUAACACAGUGAAACCCCGUCUCUACUAAAAAUACAAAAAAUUAGCCGGGCGUGGUGGCGGGCACCUGUAGUCCCAGCUACUCGGGCGGCUGAGGCAGGAGAAUGGCGUGAACCUGGGAGGCGGAGCUUGCAGUGAGCCGAGAUGCGCCACUGCACUCCAGCCUGGGUGACAGAGCGAGACUCCGUCUAAAAAAAAAAAAAAAAAAAAUGUUUUUUUUGUCCUUAUUAAUAUAUAAGAAAUAAAAGGUAAUGAUAAUGUUUGUGAAGUACCCAGUUGCUGGGGAGGUCACAGCUCUGUGUACAGACUGACGCUGGAGUGUGGUGGUGUCAACGUCUGAAACGAUGAAUUUGGUAAAGUUCUGAACACGAAGUGCACGUUUCCUCCUCUUUACACAGUAGUUGCAUUCCUGGAAAAUUCAGUGUAUACUAGAAUGCAUACACUGUUUGUGUUUAUAUGCAAAAUGGAGUUAGAGCCUUGGCUGUAGUAAUUAAAAACAAGCCUUUCACUUAUGUUGUGCAGGAUGUAGAAUCUGCCUUCCUUCCAGGGCCGUCUGGAGUCCCUGGCGCCACCCUUGUAACUGCCAGUCAUUGUGAUGACCAGUCCCCUCAUCCCUUCCCCCACAGUGGCCACAAAGGGAAAGAUUCCCGCCCUUAUUCGUGGAGCUCAGCGUUUGAACAGGGGAGACGGGCAUGAUCAAUAAUUGGAUAUAUGUCAGGUUGUGAUGAACACAAUGAAAAAAAAAUAAGGGGUUAGAGAAGACCAGGUGGACAGGUGAGGGAAGGCCUCUCUGAGGAGGUGGUAUUUUGAGCAGACACCUGAAUGAGGCAGGGAGUCACGGAAAUAACCUGGCAGAAGAGCCUUCGAGAAAGAAUAACCGGCGCAGAGUGUUAGGGUCACCCCGACCAGUUCCCCUCCUUUCCCAUAGGUCUUACAAUACAGUCCUUUGUGACCUCCAGACAGCAUCCCCAGAGCUAGAGGCAACCCCCACUGCCACCCUGCACUGACCCUUCCAGUAACUGUUUGUCCAGAAGACUUCAGCUGAACUGGCAAACAGUUCCAGGAUGCAGUCCGAACACCUGCUAACCAAAGCUGGCAAAAACAUCACCAGGAUGCAGUCAAGACACCUGCACCCCCAACUCGGUUCACACACCCCGACCCAGUUCCUCGCCCUGUAAAGCCCUGCUGCAGUCUGUAAGCGAGGCUGCCUCCUUUGCCUGUCAAGGAACAGCCUGGCAGAACAAAUAAAAAUUGCUGGCCUGUC